AUGGAGGGGGAGACGACCAAGAGGCUGGCCACGCUGGUGGGCUGCAACUACGUGGGCACGCGCUACGAGCUCCGCGGCUGCAUCAACGACGUCGACGCCGUGCGGGACACCCUCGUCGCCCGCUUCGGCUUCGCGCCGGCCGACGUCGCCGUGCUCACCGACGGGCGCGGCGCCGAGGUGCUCCCGACGGGAGCCAACAUCCGGCGCGCGCUGGCGGACAUGGUCGCCCGCGCCGCUCCCGGGGACGUGCUCUUCUUCCACUACAGCGGCCACGGCACGCUCGUCCCGCCGCACCACGGCGACUCCGGCGCGGAGGAGGAAGCGAUCGUGCCGACCGACUUCAACCUCAUCACGGACGUGGACUUCCGGCAGCUGGUGGACCGGGUGCCGCCGGGCGCGAGCUUCACCAUUGUGUCCGACUCGUGUCACAGCGGCGGCCUCAUCGACCAGGAGAAGGAACAGAUCGGGCCCUCCGUCGGCUCCGACCCCAGCGCGGGGUCCACGGCGCCCGCGCGCACCGCCCGGUUCCUUCCCUACGGCGCGAUCCUCGACCACCUCUCCGCCGUCUCGGGCAUGCCUUCCUCCCACCACGUCGCCGACCACCUCGUGGCGCUCUUCGGCGCCGAUGCCAGCGCCAAGUUGCACGUUCACGGCGGCAGCGGCAACGGCAGCACCCCGUCCACCACACCCGCACCGGCGCCAACGCCGCCGCGCCCGGACGAGGGCAUCCUGCUGAGCGGGUGCCAGACGAACGAGACCUCAGCGGACGUGCCGGCGUACGAGGCCAGCGGAGGCAAGGCAUGCGGGGCGUUCAGUAGCGCGGUGCAGAGCGUGCUGGCGGCGCACCCUGCGCCGCUGAGCAACCGGGAGCUCGUGGCGAAGGCCAGGGCGGUGCUGGAAGAGCAGGGGUUCGAGCAGCACCCGUGUCUCUACUGUACCGACGCCAACGCCGAGGCACGGUUCCUUUCGCAGGACAAGAAGGAGGAGACAGCGGUGGGCGCGGCAAGCCCGGCCAUGUCGGCGGCGCUGCUGUAG